AUGAGCGCCCAACCUCAAGGCCAGCCUGGCGCGGCGCAAGCCCAGCAGAUGCGCAUCCCCAUGUAUCGACCGGAGCAGAUGCGCAACCUCGAAAUCCUCUCCGACGCCGACAAAGAGAAAUACGAACGAGGACUUAGAGGGCUUUGGGAUGCCAUGGAAAACAACCCCCCGGAUACUGCAGCGCACAAGCAAGCCAGGACUAAAAUCUCCGACUUCUCUCGCAUGGUAUGGGGAAAGGUCGCCAAUAUGCGCCGACAAGCACAACAGGUUCAACAGGGCCAGGGGGGCCCAGGACAGCAGCAACAGCAACAACAACAGCAGCAGCAGCAGCAGCAACAGCCGCAGCCCCCAGGCCAGCAGACUCCCGGCUUGAGUGCAGCAAAUGCAGCGGCUCUGGCUGCUAACCGCGCCAACUUGGUAUCACAAGCAGUCCUCCAAAUGGUCAACAAUCUGAGGGUUGGUCUGCCACCUGAUAUUGCAAGUGACCCCGACAAGGCGGGAAAGUAUAGGUCGGAUGUCAAGACAAAGUACAUGAAGGCUCUCACUUUGAUGGAACAGAACCAGAAGAAGAUCCUGCAGAUGCAAGCUCUCGUUAAGGACAGGACCUCUAAGGGCCAACAGUUCACACAGGAGGAGCAGUCCAGGCUGAAUACUGACAUGGAGUCAGCCAGGAAGACGUACGCCGAGGGCAAGAGAUUUGCCGACAGUAUCAAGCAACAGGCAUCUCAAGGCCUACAUGAUGGCGCAACUGCCCCCGGUGCACAGAAUGCCAGUCAGCCAGCUCGCCCACAGCCGGCCGCCACUCCUGGAAAUCCGAUGCAAGCAGCAACAGCCUCCGUGAAUGCUGCCAUGGACGCCGCAAAGAAUUUGCAAUCUGCCGGCAUCAAUCGCCAACCAGGCGCCCCGCCAACACCCACCACUUCCGGGGCACCGGGGCUAUCCGUUCAAACCACUGCACCUUCCGCGCAGUCACAAGCUGCGGCUGCCCCCCAAACCCAAGUCAAGAUUGAGCCAGGUUCGCAGCCUCACCCACCUCCGCCCGUCAAUACGGCCUUGGCAGCAGCAGCAGCAGCCGCCGCAAACACGGCGCCAUCGGCAGGAACACCUACACAAAAUACAGCACGCGUUCAGACGCCUCAGGCAGCCACUCCAACAACAGCAGGUCCUCCUGGUGCUGCGCGGCCGUUAUCUCACGCGGGUGCGAUGGCACUGGCUAACAAGCAUUCGUCAUCGCAGGUUCCUACACUUGGCCAACAAGGCAACGCAGGUGCUGUAUCCGCUGUUACCCCCGGCUCGGCUGGAAUUGCCAAUACGCCCCAAGCUGGCCAUCCGCAUGCUCACCCGCAUCAUCCUGGCGCCCAACACCCAGCUGGCGCCGUCCCUGUUCCCAAGAUGCCAAUUCCCAAGACUUUGCCGGACAGGGCACAAGCGAUUCCCCAGCCCGUUGCCACCGGUGGAGGUGUGAACGCAGGCCGUCCAACUCUGGGGAAUGGUCUCGGAACUGCUGGUGGCACGAUGAACCAGCCCGUCAUCAACAAGAACCCGACUUUCAAUUACGAGGCCGAAGGCGAGCACGUUCUGAACAAGAAGAAGCUUGAUGAACUUGUCCGACAAGUUUGUGGCGGUGCACCGCCCGGCCAAGACGGCAACUACCUUACUCCGGAUGUUGAAGAGUCCGUCAACCAGGUUGCAGACCACUUUGUGGAUAACGUCCUCUACCAAGCUUGCAGACUGGCCAAGGAGCGUGGUUCUAAAGUUCUCGAGAUUCGUGACCUGCAGCUUGUCCUCGAGCGCGUUUACAACAUUCGUGUUCCUGGUUUCACAUCCGACGAGCUGCGUACUGUGCGUAAACCGCAACCCAACGGGGCCUGGCUUUCCAAGGUCAGUGCCGUCCAAGCGGCCAAGGUCACGAGAGACGAGAAGUAG